ACCGCACUGGGAUCGUCUUCUUCUAUCGACCGCGUUAUGAGCGACCAAGCCAUAUACUAGACGGCUUGUUGUCUCUCCCAAACGCUCACCUCGGAUUCCAGUAUCCUUGAAAUCCAAACACCUUCAUUCAUAAUUUUGUCGACAUGUUUACUUGCAAAGCUUGUUCUGGCCGUUCUUUCACUGACGCCCAAGCAUUACAAAUGCACAAGCAAUCGAAGCACCCUAUACAUCACGAGUGUCAAACUUGCGACCAUCGUUUCCUAUCUGUGGACGCUUUGGAGAAACAUAACAGUGCUAAACAUUUACACCAUUGCAAGAGGUGUAGUCGCGAAUUCGGAUCUCUUCAAGCUUUGGAUCAGCAUAACGAUACUAAACAUCUUGUGUUUUAUGAAUGCAAGGAGUGUAGCCGCCAAUUCGUAUCUUCUCAAGCUUUAGAGCAGCACAUGGCAGUAACACACGUUCCCACGUUUAAUUGUUAUAUCUGUGGACGUGAUUUCAAAUCUGUGGACGCUUUGGAGAAGCAUAACAGUGCUAAACAUUUACACUAUUGCGAGAGGUGUAGUCGCGAAUUCGGAUCUCUUCAAGCUUUAGAGCAGCACAUGGCAGCAACACACGUUCCCACGUUUAAUUGUUAUAUCUGUGGACGUGAUUUCGAAUCUGUGGACGCUUUGGAGAAGCAUAACAGUGCUAAACAUUUACACUAUUGCGAGAGGUGUAGUCGCGAAUUCGGAUCUCUUCAAGCUUUGGAUCAGCAUAACGAUACUAAACAUCCUGUGUUUUAUGAAUGCAAGGAGUGUAGCCGCCAAUUCGUAUCUUCUCAAGCUUUAGAGCAGCACAUGGCAGCAACACACGCUCCCACGUUUAAUUGUUAUCUCUGUGGACAUGAUUUCAAAUCUGAGGAGGCAUUACAAAGCCAUAGGACGACCAAGCAUCAUUCUACAACUCAUAUCCGUAAUCGUACUCUUCAGUCCUCUGAAGGUUCAGAGAAUCAGGUUUUACAAGCGUCUAUUGAGUACCAGUGCUCCAGCUGCGGCUUGACGCUGCAAUCAUCGGACGCGCUAGAGCUUCAUCGCCUUUACGGACAUUUGUCGAAGCACGAGUGUCCUACCUGUAAUCAGGAAUUCUACUCGCUCGAGGCUCUGGACUUACACCGCAAUGCCAGACAUCUACAGACAGGCGACACAUGUAUGCAAAAGCACGAGUCCACAGAUGAUCCCACACAGCGGACUUUGGCCAUUCAUGAACAUGAAGUUAUUCCCUCAUUCCCUAAAACCCAUUACUUUGACUGGGGUGAACCUGUCAUUCCGAGAAGUCCUCUCCCGACCUGCCAGCCAUUACGUGUCAAAGAUCAGUAUCUCGGUCCAGCGCUCCCUGGAUUUGGGGGAUCGUUCUAUCGCUGCUACUUCACCGACAUGGGAUACUACACAGUACAAGAAUUGCAGGAGCAUAUGGACAUACACCCCGCAUGUACAAAGUGCGAACUUCUUUUUCUGGAUGUCUCGUGGUACCGUCACCAUUGCGCAGAAUUGCACUUGGAUUGUUACUGUCCUUCAUGCCACUGGCAAUUUGAUACUGCGGAAGCGUUAGAACAUCAUUAUCGUCAUUUUGCCAGCCACCCCAAAUGCGAGGAUUGUGAUGUUGGCUUUGUGGACGAAGAGACCUAUUUACUACAUGUAUCUCACCAUGGAUCAAGACUAUUAAUUGAACACGUUUCACGCGAAUCUCGUGUUUCUGAACAGAUGGUUGCAUUCGCCGGAGAGUACUGCGAGAAUGAGGAAGCAAUCGCUCCUAAACUUGAGUCAGUAUUUAGUGAUCAUCAUGACUACAACUCCGAAUACGCCACGGAUGAGGAUGCGGAUCGUCUUUCCCACAGUGAACACCUCCACGCCUCAGUCUCAUCUCAUGACCUGGAUUCCGCCAUGCUACAACGUUUGGACAGACGCCUAGAGUCAUCACGCACAUCACUGGGCGAAGGCGAACCUUACAUCAGCCCUAGAGACAUGAGUCCUCUACUAUGUGUGACAGAAACUCACUCUCCGAUUCCAAGCAGAUCUGAAAGUCCAGUUCACUUUCAACAUUUCCCGCGCGAUAAUCCCAAUACUUUCCGUUUCGAGGCUAGGUCACCACGUACAAUAUUUCCUUCCCUCGAGUCUUUGGGAACGCUCCCAUUAAGUGAUGGUGCUUUAGGCGUAAACUUAGCCCCACAUAGUCAUAGUGCGACUAGUAAUGAUGCGGAAUCACAGCAUACUUCUUUCCUGCAAGAGAGUGAUGAUGGGGAAGAUGGUGGGCUGGGAUUGCAAGGCUUGGCUUUCAAUUAUGAGGCGCGACCUUCCUCUGUUGCAUCUUCUGACCGGCUAUCAGAUGAUUUCGAGGGCCUCAGCUCUCCAGAGACAUCGAUCAUACUUAUAUCUAAGGAGUCGUUACCAAAGCAUAUACAAAGUGGUCAAGCCUAUCUCGUCGCAACUAGUGCAAGAUCUACUAGUUCACAGUCUCCGAUAAGCUCUGAUUCAGGAUCUCCUUUGCUUUCCUCCACUCUCUCACCAUCUGAUUCACCAAUGCCGUUUCAUAACCGUCAAGGGCAACACUUAGAAAUGUUCUCUUCCUCUGUAUCCAGGAGAACCGGCCACGGAAACCACGUUGACGUGAAGCAGGGAUCGGAACUUCCUGGUAAAGCAGAUGAAAAUGAGCCUUCAAAAACAUCCAGGCACGCAUUUGAUGGCCAUGCUCUGCGGUUCCACUGUAGGCUAUGUCAGGUGAAUCCGUGCGAGGGCAUGACAGUGACGAUGUGUGGCCACAUUUUCUGUAACAAAUGCAUUACGAGAGAGAUUAUUGCUACCUCUGCCUGCCCUGUAUGCAAGGCAGCUACACUGUUAUAUUGCUUGUUCCGUCUUGAUCUUUGGUCGUAAUAUUCGGGAAAGCUUUAGCGCUGUAGUUGGUUGCAAGGGUCCUUGGCAGUUUCCUGAAUUAACAGGCUGGACCCACGAACGCGCUCCGGACGAAAUAGUUAUGAUCUUGAUGGAGAUGUACUGGUUCAAUGGCACGAUCAUGAUAAAAAGUACAUCUAUAUGCAUAGAUCGGGUCUCCUAUGGUGGCAUAGUCCAGCUCGCCUUGGAGCAUGUCAUGGCAGAGCUGUCGACCUCCCCUGACUUUCUUUUUGAUUUACAAACCUCCAAGUAUUUCAAUGUCGCUGGAUUGACAGUAUGGGUACUUGAUUAUUUCUUAUCUUUCGAUUUGGAGGUGAAGUUAUAUUACUGCGUUAGAGUGCAGUGGAUAUGGCAUAGGAAAUGGACAUUUGUUCGAUUGGUGUUCACAGCUUCGCGUUACCUCCCGCUUAUAGGUGCUAUUAUGACAGCAGUUAUGUUUUCCAUUCGAUCUUUCAUCGAACAUUUCAUUCCAACGACUAUCCCCUCAGUAUUCCACUUCUUGGGCAUCCUUUCUGCGGAAGGCCUUCUCGCUGUGCGAGUCUAUGCCUUGUGGCGAUGCAAUAAAGCACUGCUUGUAGGAAUAUCGGAAUAUUCUCUCCCCAAGUUUUCCAUCGCCGGAGCCAUUAUCGUGCCUUGUAUAAUGCACCAGACAGACAGUUUCGUUGUUUCCACGAAUAACAUCGUCGCUAAUGUCGCUGCUCCGGCUGGAUUCACCAAUUUACUUGACGCACUACAGCUAGUCUUACAUAGUGUACUGGCAUCUCGUAUCUUCUUCCAUCUCCGUGAAAGCUCAAGUUAUCUCGACAAUGAAACCGCUGAAAUCGAAAUAUCUGCGUUGUCCUUCUCGUCGUCGAAAUUUGAGGAGGGCGAUGACUUCAAUCUGCCAAUUGGAGAGACAGCUUUCAAUGUCUCCUCAUCUUUUAAAAUUGGUGAUCGCAAGGGGCGAAGGAAUACAUAUACCACUGCCACGACGUCAAUGUAACAGGACUCAUGUAUUGGUUUGCUUCUAGGCAUAUUAUCCCCGGACCAGCUCUUUGAUUACUUUGGACCAGAAUUAUUCUUGUACUGACGCUUCAUGUUUACUUUUAACGUAGUAUACCCGCAUGUAAAUU